CAGAGACACGGAAGUUGGAGCCCGAGGAGCUGAAGAUUUCAGUCUCGCAGCCACACACUUCAUUUUGAGACACUUUGACUUUCCACGUUUGAAGGAAGAUGCCUCCCAAGAAAGCAAGAAAGGGAAAGAAAGGGAGGACGAAGAAAGCUGUAGCAGGAGACAACAUCGAGGAUAAGUACAAGCGAAUCGUUCAUGAAGUGGAAUCGCUGAAAGACCAGUUGGUGCUGAGGAGGGAUGUGGCUAGACAGGCGCUGCUCUGCAGAACAGAAUGGAAGACAAAGCUGGAGAUGGUGGAGCACAAACUGAGUGAGGAGCGAGAGGACAGCAAGGCUAUUCACUCAGAUAUUGGUCGUCAGUACAAGACCAUGCGGGCGGAGCUGGGGGUCCGUGCUCAUCAGCUGGAGAUUGAGGUCAGCUACCUACAGCAGCAGCUCAGAAUCUGCCAACAAGAACUGGUGAGGACCCGGGACGAGAAUAUGCGGAUUAUGGAUGAAAAGAACGCCGUCAUCUCCGAGCUCCAGGACAAGAUAAACAACAUGGAGACCGCGUAUGAGAACAUCCUGCACGACAGUCUGGACAGGCUGCUGCUUAAGCUGGAUGCAGCCAAGAUGCAAUGGGAGAAACAAGCCACCAUCUUUCACUCUCAGCACAAGAAGCAACUCCUGGAGUUUGGGCUGAACCCAUUGGAAAUUUAACCCUUUGUUCCCCGGUGGGAUCCACAGACUCUCUGCAAACACUCGAGACCGUCCCGUCCCAAUCAGUCUAUCACCGCAGGAACCUUCUCGGCUUCAUUCUGUCCCCUCCAGCGGCACAGCCCAGCCCAACCCAGCCCUGUAAAACCACCCCAAAACU